AUGCCUAACGUAAAUUUCAAUCCAGACAAGGACGUCCCAGAUCUCGCUGGGAAGGUCAUCUUCAUUACCGGAGGAACCAAGGGUUUAGGUGCCGCAUCAGCCAUCCAUCUCGCGAAUCACGACGCAGCGCACAUCUACAUAAGCGGACGUAGUGCCCAGAGCGCACAGAAAAUCGUCGCGCUGAUUCGUGACAGCGGCUCCAAAACCAACGUCACAUUCGUAGAAUGCGAUCUCGCCUCCCUCUCAUCGGUCAGGGAAGCAGCCGAAGCCUUCAUAUCCCAGACCACACAGCUGGAUAUCCUGAUGUGUAACGCCGGAAUCGUGGCUCAACCGCCCUCCCUAACAAUGGACGGAUACGAGCUCCAGUUUGGUACGAACCAUCUCGGACAUGCGCUGCUCAUCCGGAAAUUCCUCCCGCUACUACAGGAAAGUGCCAAGGAGGGCAAUGACGCUCGCAUCGUCAUUCUCACAUCUGACGUUUGGAUGAUUCAUCCUAAGGGAGGUAUUGUCUUCGACAAGCUCAAGACAGUCCAGCAUUACUGGUUCGGCGGACCAUGGCGACGAUAUGGACAGAGCAAGCUUGCCAACCUCCUCUACGCGCGAGAGCUGUCCCGCCGAUACCCGGAGAUCAUCUCUGUCUCGGUCCACCCCGGAAUGGUAGCAACAAAUAUGUUGGCCGGUUCUGGUUAUAUUACCAGGGCUCUCAUAUAUGCGAUGAGCCGAGGGAAGGUUCUCACGCCAGACAAGGGGGCUUACAACCAAGUGUGGGCGGCCACCACAUCUCGUGAGAAAAUUAAGAACGGAAUGUACUAUGAGCCUGUGGGACAGUUAGCACAGAAGAAGUUGGAUAAGACAGCGAGGGCCAAUUCUCUAGCAGCGCGCUUGUGGGAUUGGACUGACGAGGCACUAAGGGCGUUCUGA